AUGUCAAUGGAUCUCGUGUUGGGCAGUCUGCUUGGUGCAGACUUGGUGUUGGAGAAAGCGGAGCUGCAAUACUGUUCUGGGUUCUUGAAUCACGUUCUCCAGUCGGAUACGAAAAGUUACGAGGCUUAUUUCUCUUCGAGACCUGUGAAUGGAAGUGUGGUCGAACAUAUCGCUGAGAUUGAUGCUGAGAUAUCCGUAGUUGAAAGAAAAUUGAGAAGUUUGCUAGUGGAGAAUAAGGUAGAUGUGGUACGAGAAGUUGUAAAUAAUGAGGGAGCCGUUGAAGGGAAAAUGACUGUUAUUCGUCAGGAACUGGAGCAGUUGUGGGAGUUGGAUAACGGUACGGAUCAGAGGAAGGAAAUAGAUGAUUUUUUGGAGACAAAUGACCAAGUUGAGGAGAAACAAGAGGAUCAAUUUCAGAAUGCGUUGAAGAGAUUGAAGAGUAGAAUACUGCGAAAUGAACAGGACGGUUCUACUGGUGGGUUAGCUAUCGUGUUGGAAAAUCUGGACAAAACUACAGAUCUAAUGGAACUACCGUUUUUGGCUCGAACAUGUAUACGGACAGGACAUUACCAGGAAGCAGUUAUGCUCUACACCUAUUCAAAAUCCUUGUUAGUCAAAUUUCCAGGAUCUUCAAUUAUUGAAGGAAUUCAUCGCAACGUAGCCGAAGAAACCACAACCACAAUGCUCACGGGGCUUCUCAGGUUGUUGUCGACCAAUUUGACUGCGAACUCUCUAAAAAAAGUACUAAAUUAUUUGGCAUCUAUCCCACCCUUUGAUGAUAGGGACAAGAGCUCUCUUUUACAAGUAUACUCCUACAUGAGAUACAAUUUCAUACAGCAAGAAUACUCGUCAUAUUCAUUUGAAGUCGACCAAUCGAACGAUGCACUACUUGAGAUGAUAAUCAAGAAGAGGAUAGAAGUGCUGAGAGAGCAUACGCAUAUGUCAUUGAGUGUUUUCAUGGAGCAACAUCAGUUUACAACAAUCCCUGUCGCGAUCCCAUUGGAUAAACGGUUGUCAAAGGAGCCGGAGAAUGAGAAUGACACUUCCAUGUCAGAGAACGCAACCGAUGAAUGCGAAACAAGUCCAUUGAUGUUGCAGUUUGUUAACCAGUGCGUAGGAUAUUUCCUGAAAGAGCUUCUGGAUGUCCAUAUGCAAAAUAAGCUAAGUGACUCUGUGUGUCUACAACUAAUCUACUGCUCCUUCCGUUUACGCGAUUUAAACCCCAAUUACCAUCAUCUCUUCCUGAAUAAGAUUUGCGAGUCGAAUCUGUUCACCGCAGAACAGCUCAAAUACGCAAUAGACAAGAGACGUGAGCUAGCAUCAAAGUAUUCGUAG